GGAAAACAGCCAGUUUAGAGGAUGAUCUGUUACUGAAGAUUUUUUAAAGGAUGUUCGUGUAUGUGUGCAUGUGUGUAUAAUAUAAUAUACAUGAUGUGUUUCUAUAAUACAGAAAAUAUAUAUAUUUAUAAAUAUUUCCAUAUAUAAAACUAUUUGCUCAUUGCUUCUACAAUAUUUGUUUUUGUGAUUUUUCUAAAGGCCACCUCAAGCAUUAGAACUACGAACAAACAACCCUGAUGAGACCUCUCCAGAUUGUCCCAAGUCGAUUGAUUUCCCAGCUGUAUUGUGGCCUGAAGCCUCCAGCCUCCACACGAAACCAGAUUUGCCUGAAAAUGUCUCGGCCAAGUUCAAGUAUGGCAGAUUUUCGGAAGUGUUUUGCAAAAGCAAAGCACAUAGUCAUCAUCUCAGGCGCAGGUGUUAGUGCGGAAAGUGGUGUUCCGACUUUCAGAGGAGCUGGAGGUUACUGGAGAAAAUGGCAAGCCCAGGACCUGGCGACUCCCCUGGCCUUUGCCCACAACCCGUCCCGGGUGUGGGAGUUCUACCACUACCGGCGGGAGGUCAUGGGGAGCAAGGAGCCCAACGCCGGGCACCGCGCCAUAGCCGAGUGUGAGACCCGGCUGGGUAAGCAGGGCCGGCGAGUCGUGGUCAUCACCCAGAACAUCGAUGAGUUGCACCGCAAGGCUGGCACCAAGAACCUUCUGGAGAUCCAUGGUAGCUUAUUUAAAACUCGAUGUACCUCUUGUGGCGUUGUGGCUGAGAAUUACAAGAGUCCAAUUUGUCCAGCUUUAUCAGGAAAAGGUGCUCCAGAACCUGGAACUCAAGAUGCCAGCAUCCCAGUUGAGAAACUUCCCCGGUGUGAAGAGGCAGGCUGCGGAGGCUUGCUGCGCCCUCACGUCGUGUGGUUUGGGGAAAACCUGGAUCGUGCCAUUCUGGAGGAGGUUGACAAAGAGCUCGCCCGCUGUGAUUUAUGUCUAGUGGUGGGCACUUCCUCUGUGGUGUACCCAGCAGCCAUGUUUGCCCCCCAGGUGGCUGCCAGGGGCGUGCCAGUGGCAGAAUUUAAUACGGAGACCACCCCAGCUACGAACAGAUUCAGGUUUCAUUUCCAGGGACCCUGUGGAACAACUCUUCCUGAAGCCCUUGCCCGUCAUGAAAAUGAAACUGUUUCUUAAGUGUCCUAGGGAAGAAAGAAAUUAGAGUAUAUCUAAGAACUAGGCCACAUGCAGAGGAGAAAUGGUCUUACGGGUGGAGAGCUGAAUAUUGAACAAUCUAAAAAUAGCCUCUGAUUCCCUAGCUAGAAUCCAACCUGUUGAUAAGCGAUGGGGGCUUAGAAGUAGCAAAGAGCACCCACAUUCAGAAGUCAUAGAACUGUAAAGUUAAUGCAUAUUAUUUGGUCUGAACUGAAACGUAAGAAUAUCUUUGAUGUGUAUGGUUGGUUAUUGGGUGGGAAAAAUUUUGUAAAUUAGAUUGUCUUAAAAAAAUAUAGUUAUCCUGAUCAUAUUUUUGUUAUUUGGGCAAGGUAGAAGUCGAGGGGUAAAAACCCUACUAUUUAAUUCUGAUUUUUGCACAAGUUUUAGUGGAAAAUAAAAUCACACUCUAUAGUAGGUAA